UCAAUCGUGGGAAGAAAAAGAGGCCAGAGCAUCUUCUGGGCUAGAGAGGUAGAGGAGACUAAAAAGUGAUGGAAGAGAAUAUGGAGGGAAGGAAGAGUGUGGUGCCGUUUGUGGGCAUGGUGAUGGUGCAGGUUGCACAAGUGGGGCUGAUGAUCGUAGGCAAAGAAGCCAUGUCAGAUGGAAUGACUAACUUCACCUUCGUUUUCUACUCAAAUUCCCUCGCUUCCCUUGUUCUCCUUCCUACUUCCUUUCUCAUUCACAGAUCAGCUCGUCCUCCAAUCACUUUCUCUCUCCUUUCUGGAUUUUUCUUGCUUGGUUUAAUUGGUUACUUGGUACAGAUAUCUGGGUAUGCUGGAAUUCAGUACACCUCUCCAUCAUUUGCAUCUGCAAUGCUAAACCUCAUCCCAGGUUUUACCUUCAUAUUUGCCAUCAUUUUCAGGAUGGAAAAACUAGAUUAUACAAGCUCAAGUAUUGCUAAAUCCAUCGGAACUGUAGUGUCAAUUACAGGAGCAUUCAUUGUGACUCUCUAUAAGGGCCCUUCAAUUCUGAUGACCCCCACACAUUCAAAAUCCGCUCAUCAGCAUCUUCUCAUGCAUUUGUCAACGUGGGUCGUUGGAGGAUUGCUCCUCACAGUUGAUGCUGCAUUGACUUCAAUGUAUAAUAUAGUACAGGUAUUGAUCCUUCGAAAAUUCCCAGCAGAGUUGAUUAUUGUAUUCUUUUACUGCUUCUCUGUGGCCAUUCUGUCUGCAGCAGUCGCUUUUAUUGUUGAAAAGGACUCGAGUGCUUGGAGUUUACAACCUAAUAUAAGGUUGUUUGCUGUUGUGUAUUCGGGAGUGUUUGGUUCUGUGUUCCAAGUCAGUGUUACUACAUGGUGCCUGCACAGGACAGGGCCUCUUUUCGUUGCUAUGUUUCAUCCCUUGGGCAUUGUCAUUGCAAAUGUUUUAGGUAUCAUCUUUUUAGGCGAUACUUUCUAUCUUGGAAGUUUGGUGGGAUCAAUCGUUAUUGUUAUUGGGUUUUAUUCAGUGAUGUGGGGAAAGGCCAAAGAAGGAAAAAUGGUCGGAGAAAUUGGAGUAAAUAGCUUGGAUUCGACCAGUGAAAAUGUCUCUCUCUUGCAAAGCAAUGUACAAAAAACAGAAGCUUAGUACAGCCAAUCAAUGACAGUUAUGGAAGGAGAACAAAAUUAAGUUUGGAAGCUGCCCCUACAGUGAUUUCAAAUAUUGGGAAUUUGAGGUUCAUUUGGUGCUUGGCUUUUGAUUCAGUAAGUCUCCUUAAGAGAGUUAGUCAGCCUACGUUAUGUAAUCCCAUUUCCGAUCAAUUGUGAGUAACCCAUUUGUUUUAAAGUAGCGAGGAUUCGAUUCUUUAGAAGAUAAAUGUAAGCCAAUUUCCCACAACACAUUCAUGUACACAUACAGUUAAAUGUACGUUGGUUGAAUUGUCAUUGAAAUAAAGCUUUCAUGCAAUUCAUAAUCAA